CUCAUCUUACCACCCUGCCCUGCGUCUUCUCUUUCCAUUUCCAAAAAUUUCGUUUUCUCUUUCCCUCCCAAAAUCGCCAAAAUCCACUCUUUUUUGUCUGCUCUCUACUCUUUCUCUCUCCUAUCGUGUAUACGCAGCAAGAGCUGGCUGCUGAAGCUGCGGCGGCGGCGGCGGAGGACAGAAAUGGACGGCGGUCAACAGUACAACCCAAGAACAGUGGAGGAGGUUUUCAGGGAUUUCAAGGGCCGAAGGGCCGGCUUGAUUAAAGCACUCACCACUGAUGUGGAAGAUUUUUUUCAGAUGUGUGACCCAGAGAAGGAAAACCUUUGCCUUUAUGGAUUUCCCAGCGAGCAAUGGGAAGUAGCUUUACCAGCUGAAGAAGUGCCUCCAGAGCUUCCUGAACCUGCUCUGGGUAUUAACUUUGCCCGGGAUGGCAUGCAGGAAAAGGACUGGAUUUCUUUGGUGGCUGUGCAUAGUGAUGCAUGGUUACUUUCAGUUGCUUUUUAUUUUGGUGCAAGAUUUGGAUUUGACCGAGCUGAUAGGAAGCGGCUUUUCAAUAUGAUAAAUGAUCUCCCUACGAUAUUUGAGGUCGUGACUGGGAUGGCUAAGAAACAAUUGAAAGAGAAGUCAUCUGUGUCAAACCACAGCAGCAACAAGGCCAAGUCUAAUUCUAACUCCAAGAGCAAGUAUUCGAGAGCACAACCAAAACACGAGGACGAUGAUGGCGGUUUGGAAGGGGAAGAAGAUGAGCAGGGAGAGACGCUAUGCGGGGCAUGUGGCGAGAGCUAUGCAUCAGAUGAAUUCUGGAUCUGCUGUGACAUAUGCGAGACGUGGUUCCACGGGAAGUGCGUUAAGAUUACUCCUGCCAGGGCCGAGCACAUUAAGCAGUACAAAUGCCCAUCUUGUACUAAUACCAAGAAAGCACGCAUCGGUCCAUGACAAACCCUGUUUGAGAAUUUGCACCUGGCGGAAUCUGCAGGUAUUUCUGGAGCCUGUAAAACAUUUUCGGUGUUGUUUGUAGGUUGCAGCUAAUGUUUAAAUUAUCAUCAAGCAUACACGGCAGUAUGUUUAUGUAGGAGGGAAAAAACACUUUUAGUCAUGUACUUGAACCGUUAAGUUACUCACUCUGGCUGUCUGUUUCUUGACCGGAAGCCAUUUUUACCAAUGCUAUAUUCUAAGGAUUUUAUGUCAUACUUAAUUACAUAUUUAGAAUGACCUUGUUUAA